AUGUCGAGCCGCAGCAUCUCGUUCUCGCGGCCGGCGACGUACAACCCCGAGCUCGUGCGCAAGGCGAAGUCCGAAGACGAAGAGGACGCGGUCCGGCGGCGCCAGAUGAAGGAAGAACUCGGCCUUGACGACGACGACGCGAUGCUCGAGCAGCCAAAGGCGUCCUCGAACAACGCCGAGUGGCAGCAAAAGUGCGAAGACGCGCUCGCCAAACUCCGCGUCGCAAUCGAAAACGAAGAGAAGGCGCAGAGCUCGCUGAGCAAACUGCAGCUCCUGAGCAAAUCCCAGACCGCGAUUCUCAAGACGACGUUCGACAAGAAACUCAAGGCCAAAGAGUUGCUCGUGCAGGACCUGUUGUACGCGAUCUCGCAGCACGAGACCAAGCUACGCGCUGGUGGCAUCGCCUUUGACCCCGUCGACACGGAAGUCGCCGAGACAUCCGCGUCGGCGGCUUCCACCAAGGACGACGGUGGCGACGACCCGCUUGGGAAUCUCCGGGCCGAGAUUGACGCCCUCACGGAGCAGAACCUCCAGCUCAAGAGGCAGCUGCGCGCUGACCCCGCGGUGCCUGCAAAGAGUUCCAGUAGCGACGCAAGCGGUCUCCAAAAGAAGGUUGCGACGCUCGAGUCGGAGAAGCAAAACCUCCUCGCGCUUCUAAAAGACGCCCAGACCAAGCUGAGCAAAGCCAAGGACGCGCCACUACCUCCUGCCGCGCCGGAUGCCAGUCUUGAUACCGCUGCCAAAGCGGCGCAAAAAAAGCUGGAAGGCGAGCUCCAAGCGGCGGCCAAAAAGAUUGCGUCCCUGGAGCAUGAGCUCACAGCAGCCAAGAAAGCUGCCGCCGUUGUUGCUGCACCAACGUCGGAUGCGCCGCCCACCACGUCUGCAGCCGAUCAAGCAAAAAUCGCGCAGCUCGAAGCCGAUCUCGCAGCGGCCAAGAUGGCGGCGUCCGAGAUGGAGGCAACGUACCUCAAGGACCAAGCGAAAAAAUCGAUUUUGGACCUGCGGAAGAAGCUCGAAACAAACUCCAAGAGCAGUUCACAGCUCCAGACCAAGCUCGCUGCUGCCAAAACGCAGCUAGCCGCGCAACGCCAGGACCUCGCCACACUGCGAACGGGC